AAUUGAAUUGAAUUACGAGUUAUCCCUAACUAAUCCAAUUUUCAUAAUUCCAUUGCUUUUUCUCGAUCUCCGACGAACGGCAGCUAUCAAUAAAUAAAUGGCAACGGAUCUUUCCAAUUCAAAUUUGUUUCCACAUUUGGUCGAAGUUUCUCAUUGUACAAGAGAUCGAGACUUCGCUUCAAAUCGGAGCAAUUCUCUUUCUUAACCGCCUAGCACGACGGUGGCCGAGUUUUCUCCGAUGAGACUGAAGAGGGAAGACUGUAAACGCACCAAACACGAUUCCAAUUUCUCCAAAUGGGAGAUUCUUGUUGCCCCUUCUGAUUGGGAAGACUAUUCAUUGGGGAAGGAAGGUGCAGAAAGGUACAGAAUUCAUAAUCUUCCUAAAGUUUCAGGUCCUGGAUUGUAUGAGCUUGGCAUUGCUGUAUCUAGCUCCGGUUUGGGUCGUGAGAUACCUAAACUAGAUGCAGACUGGAUAGUUGUUGUCUACCUUGGCGAAGCCGACAAUGUGAGAACGCGACUACAGCACUAUGGUCGUUCAGGUUCUCAUUUGGGCAAUGGUUAUUUAUGUGUUGUUGACUGUAAAGUUGUUCCCCUCGAAAAGGGACCUGGUUUAUUUCAAGAAAUGUUCUCAAGAGGGUACUCCGUCGUGUAUAGAUGGGCUCCCAUGAAAAACAAGAAGGAUGCUCAAAUGACAGAAGCUCAACUGCUUAAAACAUUUGACUAUGCAUGGAAUACAAGUGGUAAUGGUGCAAGACGCCAUAAUGAUGUACUUACAAAACUCGACAAUAUUGCUUCACGAACUACAAAAUUUACCUUCAUUUCCAGGCAGCUUCUGCCUUUUAGACAGAAGCAAAUGGGCAUCAAAAUUAAAACAAGCAAGCCCAUCCCACCAGAGAACAAACCAGCUGAAUAUGCUGAGAAGAGGAACAGUUUCUUUUCUCGCAUUCUCAACUUCAGCAGAUCUCGGCCUAGGCUAGUUGUCGACACUGAUGAUGUUAAUGAGACAGAUAACAAUAGCUGUGGAGUAGUCGAAGGUUAUGGCGUGGUUUGUAGGAAGCCCCCUGUUGAAGGAAGAAAGAGGUGUGCUGAACAUAAAGGGAUGAAAAUUAAUGGGUUACUGAAGAACUCAUCUGGCAUAGGUGAUAAAGACUUCUCUGGUAGUAUUACUGAGAUUUCUAAUUACAAAGAAGAAUGCUCCGUUUCGGAUUCAUUUCCUAAUAAGGGGAGUUUUAUUCCAAUUUGUGGAGUUGUUCUAUAUGAUGGCUCUCCAUGUAGAAGACCCCCAGUCCAAGGAAGGAAACGAUGUGAAGAACACAAAGGGCAAAGAAUUCGUAGAUCGACUUCACUCGAUGUGAUUACAAGCCAAGAUAAUCAUGCCACUUUGAAGUACAAGCAAACUUCACCCAUAUCAACACCUGAGUCAAUUUUGAUAGCACAAGGCAAUUCUUCAGGACUUUCUGAUCUCAGUUCAGGCCUUGAAAGAAUGUGUGGUGUUGACUUAGGCAAUGGACUCUACUGCACUAGGCAGCCAGUGAAAGGACGAGUUAGGUGUGGGGAACAUAAGGGAAUGAGAACUAAUAGGUUGAUUUUAAGGUUAGCCACAAGCAUCAAACCCGAUGUGUCCGAUACCGGUUCUGUCAGCUAGGUCUAAAUCCAGUGUGAAAAGUGUGUAAUCAUAUUUGUAAACCAACUUCAUUUAAGGGGUUUUCUCUGCAGAAAACGUGAAAAAGGCUGGUAAGUCUCCUUCCUAUUUCUUCAGGACAAACUUUAUGGUGUCACAAUUCAGAAUGAAACCAUCUGUAUCAGGACUCCUCUGUCUAACAUGGUGAAAAACUUCAGCAAACAGUUCAAACUAGUGUAAUAUAGGGUACAUGAUUUUGUUGUUUUACUUUUUCUAAUUUAUCAUUGUAGCGUGAACGUAUAGUUAUUUAUUGCCUUGUUGAACACAAAAGAGGUAGAGGCCUCCUUAUUGAGUAAUAAGAAAGGCCGUUUACAAAAUGUCUGAGUGUGCUUUCUUUUUUCCAACAAGAGCUCGUAUCUUUAGACCAUUAGCAAUUUAUAAACUAAAAUUAUUGUGUUACACCCUAGUACUCAAUUUGGUGUGUGUUUGCUUGCAUAAUUUGAAUUAGACUACACAAUAAGGAUAGAAAGUAAAAUAGAUUCAAAUGGUAAAUUGCAUUAUAUUCACUCUCAUCUCAAUUGUUGGCAAUGUUUGAACUGUGGAAACUAAUUGUGAGUUCAGCAUAGCUUAGUCCAAUCCUUCCUGCUUAGAUGUAAACAAUUCAAUUUUCUGUUGAAUCGG